AUGCCUAAAAUGGGUCUGCUAUGCGUGCGCAAAGCAAAGGCUGCCAGGCCCGGUGCCCCACCCAAAUCGAAUGUUCAUGUACUAGCACCACCAAAGUCGGGUGCCGGUAGCACACCGCAGAAAACCACCGGGCUGACCUCUGCCUCAAACAGAGACAUACUGAUAGAAAGGACGGACAUUCAGUCCACCAUCGAACGCCGGGAGCUGAAAGGUCUUAGGGAUGACAUGACACGUCAACUGAAGACGAUCAUCGACUCCCUAACCAACCAAGCCACUCAGCGUGCCAAAGUGACCAAGUUAGCUUUAUUGAAUUGCAGCAGCAUGAAAACCCUAGAGGCGAGCACGUACAUCACUCUCGGGAGGGCUUCCAUUAAGAACAACUUCUUUAACUCUGUGUACGCGUUAACGCAGCAGGCAACAUCCUGGGCUAUUACACCUGGUCCUGAGUAA